GAUUAGUUAAUUCUUUGGAAUAAACAUACACAACUAAUCCUGCUUUAAUCCAUUAAUUCAACUGAUAUAACAAAUAUUUUCCUAAUGUUCUGGCUAGGUUGCCAGUAAAUAACGGCGAUAAGGAUCACCUGCUUUUCAUGUGAUUUUAUCAUGAUACCUCGGUUCCGAUUAGAUUAAUAUCGUGAUUCUGUCAGUAUCUCGGUUUUAUAAAUAAACGACAAUUUGAUAUGACUUUUUUUUUUUUUGCUAUAAUUUUCUAAUUUUUAAAGAUCUCGAACCUUUAAAAUAAUUAAUCACAGAAGCAGCCAAGAGGCCCAUGGAGGAUCUACAGCGAUCUACAGCUCAGGUGGGAGAAUCUGUCUACAGAGUAUUAUACUAUAAAACUAUAAUCGUGCACUCCACCAAUCUGGCCUGUAUGGAAGAGUGGCGAGAGGAAAGCCAUUGUUGAAAGAGAGCCAUAUGAAGUCCUGUUUGCAGUUCCACAUGGCUCGUCACAAACUUCUUAUCAACUUUUAUAGGACUGCUUAUAAAUGAAAUUAAACAUAAAGCUUCAUUGUUACUCAGUCAUCCGUCAUGAUUAUUAUUAAACAAAUUCAGGAUCAUUAUGUCUCAAAGUCAUUGAGAGUGUUGAGUGUCGAGCAUGCGGUGGGUGUGGCCCAUUAGUCUUCUAGCUGCGUGUGAGAUUAUUUAAUGCACUUGGUGUCUUAAGACCAUUUGUAAGCAUUUGUAGUGAGUGGGUUCGAGACUAAUUUGCCAUAAAUGUAAAAAAAGCGUUUCUGAGCCGCUUUUGAAGUCGAUGUGGCGAUAAUUAUUUAUUUUUAUAAAUUAUUCAUAAAUCAGCAGUCAAAAGAAUCGACCUUUAUAACCAAAUUGACUCCCCCCCCAUCUUUAAUAACAUGUUUUUAAGACACUAAAUAAAAUUUAGUUUUUUAUUUAGUUUUAUUAAGACUAUAUGUGUAUAAACAAACUGCUUACAACUUGCCAGCUAGAAACUGUGCUGGAAAGUGUCAUUGCCAGAUAAGUAACCAACCAAAAAUCAGAGAGAAUACACUUUAGUACAUGUUUAUUCUGCUGUCUUAUCGCUUUAGUGUCAGAGAGCCCUGGGGGCGGGUUGAGAUUGGUGUAUCGCCAUCAUGACUCUAAAAUCUAUUCAACAAAAUAUAUGUAAUAUAUCCAUAUUUUUUACAUUUAUAAUAGAGAUGAACCGGUCGAUCGGUCAGUGAGCAGAACUGUCUGGUUUUUAGUUUGACUGGUAGUGACCAGUGAUCAGCCAGUCAGCUGAAGUGCAGAAGCCUCCAGAUGCCGCGCAACAGAAACACAUUUUUAAUGCUGCUACAUUACCAAAAAUUGCACACGCUAAAAGAAUCUGAUUUGCAUUUCUUUAAACUCUGAGCGUAUUAGUCUCAAACCUGCUCAUUACACACGCUUACACCAGUCUCAAAGUGCGCUAAUUAGCUGAAAAUGUUGUGUGCGUUAGAAACCCAGCUGCUAAAUUACAAUAUAAUUGAUUUCAGUGAUCAACUUAGUAGUGUGUCGAUUGUUUAACUGGGUUGACAUACUAUAAAUGUUACUGUUUUAUCUACAGAUGUCUGAGGAGGUGAAAAUAGAGACGUCAGGUGGCGGGACCUCAGGCUCAGUGGGACACGCCUCCCUGGUGGAGCAGCAGAGUAGUGCCGUCCAAAUGAAGCUUACACCUCAAGACUGUGUGAAGAAAGAGGAAACGCCAGAGCUGAACAUCUGCACCAGUGAAAACGACCUGAACGAUGUUCCUGAUGGUUCCUCCAUUAAAGAGGAAGAAACUGAAGAUAACGACUACCUCUACCUGCCAACCUUUCAACAUCAGAGUAGACUUGUGCGAGUUAUCACUUGAGACUGUGAAAUUUGCAAAUCCCACUUCUUCAACAAGUGUGAGGUUCACGGUUCACCCCUCUUCAUCACUGAUACCCCUGUUCCAAUGGGGGUUGAUGACCGAGCCAGUCAGACUCUUCCUCCUGGUCUAGUGAUUCGGAAGUCUGGAAUUCUUGGUGCAGGACUGGGGGUGUUUAAUAACGGAGAGACUGUUCCAGUCGGUGCACAUUUCGGACCAUACCAGGGAGAGCUGGUAGAACGAGAGGAAGCCAUGAACAGUGAAUACUGCUGGAUGAUAUCCAAGAGCAAGCAGCACAAUGAAUACCUAGAUGCCAAGAGAGAAACAUAUGCUAACUGGAUGAGGUAUGUGAAUUGUGCUCAUAAGGAUGGUAAGCAGAACCUUAUGGCCUUUCAAUAUCAAGGGGGAAUUUUUUAUCGAUGCUGUCAACCCAUUAAUCCAGGACAGGAGUUCUUGGUGUGGUACGAAGCAGAUUAUGCCAAAGGUCUCGGUCCUACGUUUGAUUUCCUAUGGAACAAAAAGUGCCACACAAACGAAGUAAACAACAGUUUAUUACAAGUCUUCUCCUGCUCUAUUUGUCCACGUUACUAUACAUCUCAAAUUUAUCUCAACAAACACAUCAGGACAUGCCACUAUGAGGAGCCUGAGAGAAUGCCGAAAUCAGCAGAGGUUAAAGAUGAAGUUCCUUUGCCCACAAAUGCGCCCAGUACUCAGCAAACAUUAAAGUAUGAAAUGCAGAAGGAAAUUAAUCACUCCUCAUAUGGUGGAAAGCAUUUUACUCAUCUGAGUCUUCUCAAAACACAUCCACAUAGUCACACAGGACAGAAGCCCUAUCACUGCUCACAGUGUGGGAAGAGUUUUACUCAUCAUAAAACUUUUCAACGACAUCAGCGCAAUCACAUAGGAAAAAAGCCAUAUCAGUGCUCACAGUGUGGGAAACGCUUUCCUUAUCAAAGUUAUCUCCAGAUCCAUGAACGCAUUCACACAGGAGAAAAGCCGUAUCACUGCCUACAGUGUGGGAAAAGUUUUACUUUUCAGAGUAAUCUCCAGGCACAUCAACACAUUCACACAGGAGAGAAGCCGUAUCGAUGCUCACAGUGUGGUAAAGGUUUUAUUUAUCAGAGUACUCUCCAGUUACAUCAGCGCAUUCACACAGGAGAGAAGCCAUAUCGCUGCUCACAGUGUGGAAAGCGUUUUCCUUAUCAGAGUACUUUCCAACGACACCAGCAGAUUCAUACAGGGCAGAAACCGUUUCAGUGCCCACAGUGUGGGAAGAGUUUCUCUCAACAGAGUCAUCUCUACGAACAUCAGCGCAGUCACACAGGCGAGAAACCCUAUCUGUGCUCACAGUGUGGGAAAAGUUUUACUUACAAAAGUAAUCUCCUGCUACAUCAGCGCAUUCACACAGGAGAGAAGCCAUAUCACUGCACACAGUGUGGAAAAAGUUUUAUUUGUCAGAAUCAUCUCCGGAUUCAUCAGCGCAUUCACACAGGAGAGAAGCCAUACCACUGCUCACAGUGUGGGAAGAGUUUCUCUCAACAGAAUUAUCUCUACCAACAUCAGCGCAGUCACACAGGAGAGAAGCCGUAUCACUGCUCACAAUGUGGGAAGAGUUUCUCUCAACAGAGUUCUCUCUACAGACAUCAGCGCAGCCACACAGCAGAGAAGCCAUUUCAGUGCUCAGAGUGUGGGAAAAGUUUUCCUCAACAGAGGACUCUCUACCGACAUCUGCGCAGUCAUACCAAGGAGAAGCUGUUUCCUUGCACACAGUGUGGAAAGAGUUUCUCACAACAGAAUAAUCUUCAGGUACAUCAGCGCAUUCACACAAGAGAGAAGCCAUAUCACUGCUCACAGUGCGGAAAGAGUUUCUCUCAAAAGAGUACUCUUCAUCGACAUCACCGCAGUCACACAGGAGAGAAGCCGUAUCAGUGCACACAAUGUGGGAAAAGUUUCUCUCAGCAGAGUAAUCUCCAGGUACAUCAACGCAUUCACACAAGAGAGAAGCCGUAUCAUUGCUUGCAGUGUGGAAAUAGUUUCUCACAAAAGAGUUCUCUCCACCGACAUCAGCGUAGUCACACAGGAGAGAAGCCGUAUCACUGCUCACAAUGUGGAAGGCGUUUCUCUCAACAAAGUAAUCUCCACCGACAUCAGUGUAGUUACCCAGGAGAGAAGCUGUAUCACUGCUUACAGUGUGGGAAGAGUUUCUCUGAACAUAGGAAUCUCCAAGAUCACCAGCAAAGUCACGCAGAUGAAAAGCCAUAUCACUGCUCACAGUCAAUUUAAGACCCACAAAUACAAUGCCAUCAAUUAAGUAAUUUUUCAAAUUGAAUGUCCCUUUUUUCAUAAAUCAUCCGUGUAAACAGUAUUUUUUUUUUUUCUUCAAUUUUCUAUGGAAGGCAAAGUAUUGAAUAGUAGAGCUAAUCCCCCUUAAAUAACCAUAAUAUUAAUUGCCUAACUUCUGCAGAAAUUAUUUAAAUGUGUAAUUGUCAUUGUAGUUCCUAGCAUGGGAAAACAAUAAAGCAAAGCUGGGUAAACAAACAUCCUUUUUAAGGAGGUUUGUUGGUACAUUCAGCAGGGCGUUUAGACUAAAUAGUUAAUUACAAUAAUCUAAGAGGAAUAACUGGAUACUUUCCUAGGGACAAAAACUGUAUCAUUGCUGAAUGAACAUACAUUUCUAGCCAUGGCAUCAUUUGGUGUCCUUAAUGCCAUUUGCUGACUUGGAGACCUGAGUGAAUCCAUCAUACAGUGGAACCUUGGAUCCGUGAACGUUUUGCAAGACAAGAAAUUUUUUAAAAUAAAUUUUAACUUGAUAAACGAGUGAGGGUUUGACGUAUGAGCAGUACGCAUGUGCUUUGUCUGCCAGGCGUCACAUGAUCACAACUGGUUAUUCUCUUGCGAGCUGCGAGAUUAUCAGUAAUUGUCUCCCAUGCUCAGUCUCAGUGUGCGUGUCUCACAUCACUCAUGUAGUCAACAUCCGUCCGUGCGGGGACUGUUUACUACAACAUUAUGACCAUGAGUGUGUAAAUCAAAAGCAAGUGUUGUUAGAGAGGUUUCUUGUUAAAGAUUCAGUUUCCAGAGUCUCUGACUCUGUUAGAGGGCAGUAAUUCUGUUAGUGCAUGUGUGCGUCAUAAGAGAUGUGUGUUUGUUUAUGUGUGUGUGCGUAAAAGUUACCUUACACGGUAGCCCCCUAACUCUUCCUCGUCUCUCAUCUUACUUCAGCCACGAUUCUAUUUAAAGAUGAAGUGCAGUUUAUUUUGUAUUAAUAAAUUUUAUAUGCAUAUUUUUUGGUUGUGAAAAGAAUCAAGGAGUUUCCAUUAUUUUGGAGGGGGAGGGGAUUUUAUUUAAUAUACAGGUGCUUUCAUGUACAAGUAUGCCUUCAGAACAAAUCAUGCUCGUAAUCCAAGGUUUAACUGUAUUUGGAAAAUACAUUCAGGUACAUUAAUAUUUAGACAUGUUUUUAGAUGGUUUUUUUGUUUGUUUUUUGGCUUUCUGCCACAUUGUAUUGCAGUUAAAAUCAUACAUGUAUCUAAUUACUGUAAACACACCCAAAUUGUGUGAAUGGUGUACGAAUUACAUCACUUUUACACUGAAUGACUUGUCGUUUGUCUGCCGCUGGGGUCCAUUUGUCUGCUGUCACAUUUGUCGCUACUAUUAAUUAAAAACCAGUAAGCUGAAAUAAAAAUCUAUAGAUUUCUUUGCUUGUCUCCAUAACUUGUAUAAAGUCACAUGGUAAAUGUCAUCAGUAAAAACAGAGCUAGGUUUAAUAGUGAAAACAAGAGCAUUUCCAUACACACAGACCAUGUGAUGAGAAAUCACAGGAUGUUUAAACAGCUGUAUGGUCAUAAGAAACCAUUUGCUAGACUUCUCAGUAAAAAAAUAAGCUUUGGUGGGGAUCAUAAAGAUUGGACUUUGAGCAAUGGAAAAGUGUCAUGUUGUCUGAUGAGGCCAAAUUGACCCUAUCUCAAAGUCAUGGGUGUGUGAGUGUAAGAAGGGAAGCACAUGAUGUGGAGCACUCAUAAUGCCUAGUGGCCCCUUACAAGCCCCUGGAGGCA